GAAAAAAAAGAGAAUCUAUAUUAGAUCUUAUUUAUCUCAACCGAUCUCAUAUCAUGCAAUCUCAUCUGUUCUUAUUGUCUUGGAAGAUCAGAGGGCAAUUCCCAAAUUGAUCACAUUUGUUUACAAGUCCUCUGAUUCUUCUGAAAAUGAAUUCUACCGUUUCAGAGCUGGGGACCACUGCACAGUCUUCUUGGACAGGCAUGGUAUCCUUCAGUACCCCACAGGUGUAUAAUCAAAAAUUUACCAGAACAGUUAAUGAUGACACAAACACCUCGCCACUCUACAACUAUGGUGACUACUACAAUGGAAAUCUUGAUCCAUCUGACUUUUCCCCCUGUGAAUAUGGAGAUCAUGCAUCCAGCCUCCUACCUGUUUUAUACUCUCUGUUUUUCGUGGUGGGCAUGCUGGGUAACUUGCUGGUGGUCUGGGUGAUCUUGAUGAGUGUGAAGCUGAGAAGCAUGACUGACAUCUGUCUUCUGAACCUGGCUUUAGCUGACCUGCUGCUGGUCUCCUCUCUCCCAUUCCUGGCACACUAUGCCAGUGAUCAGUGGAUCUUUGGAGGUCCCAUGUGUACCAUGGUGUUAAGUGUCUAUCACAUUGGAUUCUACAGUGGGAUAUUUUUCAUUGUAUUGAUGGGCAUCGAUCGAUAUUUAGCUGUUGUUCAUGCUGUGUUCUCUUUGAGAGUCAGAACAAGAACAUAUGGGAUCUUAGCCAGUGCGGUCAUCUGGAUCAUUGCGAUUGCAGCUUCAUUUCCUGAGCUGAUCAACCUUAAUGUCAGUAAAUACAAAAAUCAAACCCUUUGUCAAUCAUACCCAACAAGUGAUGAAAAGUCUCUUUUUUUAAAGACUUUCGGUAUCUUUAAAAUGAAUGUUCUGGGAUUAUUAAUUCCACUUGUUGUCAUUGGAUUUUGUUACUCAAUGAUACUAAACAGACUCCUGAGAGUUCGCUCUUCCAGAAAACAGGCCAUGCGACUUGUCAUUAUAGUGAUGGUGGUCUUCUUCUGCUGCUGGACUCCAUAUAAUGUUGCAGCUUUUUUGAAAGCUUUAGAACUGAACAAACUCAUAAAUAUAACCUGUGAAAGCAGCAAGAGAAUCACUCUUAGUCUCCAGAUCACAGAAGCUGUGUCUUACUCGCACAGCUGUCUGAAUCCCAUUCUCUACGUGUUUGCAGGAGAGAAAUUUAGGAGGCACCUUUUCCGACUCCUGAAUAAAACCCCCUUCAGCAGAUUACAGUUCAUGAAGAGUUAUCUUACACAGGCCACAGGAUCUUUUUAUUCACAGACCACCAGCGUGGAUGACAGGUCUACAGCAGUGUGAAUGGAGGGAAUUAAUUGUGGUAGGAAAUAUGGACAAGGAACCAUCAAAAAAAUUCUAUGGCACACAUCAUUUGCAGCUGAUGUGCCCCAUUCCUAUAAUGCAGCAGUUUGUAACCCUGGUCCUCGCGACCCCCCUCUCUGCAUAUUUUGCUUCUCUCUCUUGUUUAACACACCUGAUUUGAAUCACCAGCUCAUUAGAAGAGCACUCCAUGAACGAACUGUGCUUCGAUUGACAUUGUCCCUAGACAGUGUUCAUUGCUCUCUACUCCUGCACACAGGAAAUCAGCUGAAGUUUAAGAGCACGGAUUUACGCUACGCGACAGCCUGCAGCGUUUUCACACACAGACAAACCUUACUAAGUGUUAUUUAACCGUAAUCAUGAGAUUUGCAUGCGUCUUGUGCACUUUAAUGCCCUUUGAAUCUUACAUGGGCCUACGCUCCUUACAAAGUGGAAUCAUGGCAGAAUAUAAAUUGAUGUUCACUUCGCAGGGCACUUACGGUUGUAUUGAACAAACCUCUGAAAGAAUAAGAAAAACAUACAAAAUAUGCAGAGCAGGGGGUCGCGAGGACCAGGAUUAAGAACUGCUGCUAUAUUGACUAGUUACAGUAUAAACUUUAAAUGCUUAGAUUACAGGCAGGUUUGUUAUUAGUAACAUCUGUAAAUGUUUGUAUUUAAUUUGAAUUAGAUCAUUUAUGUGUGCUUUGAUUUUUAUUUGUUUUCCAGCAAUGCAUAUGUAUGUAGUUCUCAAUCAUUUUGUGAUGGUAUUGUGUUGGGUUUGUUUCUUGUACUAUAUCUUCUAGAACUGUAUUUACUUGUUACAAUACUGUAUACAAAACAUGUUACAAUAAUGCAUUUACUAACUAGAUAAACCGUUUUUAUAAACAAAAAUACUUUCAGUAAACAAAUCCUCACAUUGGAAUUAUAAAGUCUGCCAUUUUUGUCAAAAUUGAGUUAUUUACAUGUUCACACAUAACUUAUUUACAUUGUGAUGUUUUUUCUUUACAUUGUGUACAUUUGGGGACUUUUUGGAAAACAAAAAGGUUUUAUCUACAGAGUCAAAUGGAAUGCAAAAACUUUGCUCAGAAUGUAGAUAGAACCUUAUAAUUCCAAGGUGACGAAAUAUAAGUGUGUGACCAAAGUGUUUAAGUGAUAUUUGUGAUAUUAACGAUAAGAACGUGAUUUAAUAUUCUUACAGGUUGAAAGUUUUAAAACGCUUGACCUGAAUGUUUAAAAAGCGUUUGUUCUGAAGAUGUACGCUAAAAUGUCUAAAAUUAGUUUCAUGGACAAAAAUAUAAUUUUGCAAACACAAAUGUUUUUGUCAUUACAAAAUAACCAUUUUCUUAAAAAAAAUUUAAUUAAUGACUGACCGAAUAAUGAAGAGAGCAGCCAAUAAACGCUCAGAAUAGAUGGGGACUCCUUUAAUAUUGUAUAAAAGCAUCUCAAGGUGAAACUGCCGCUUGAUACUAUGAUUCAAAUACAAAUGAUACAGUGAUACAAUGAUACAAAUUCUAUUCAAAAAUGACUACACUGAAGAUGCCAAAAUGUAAUAAGUUUUACUUUUUGUUUCAAUUUUUAAUUCACAGCAUAAUUUUAAUAAAUCCUUUUGUGUUAUUCCACGGUUUUGAUGAGCUUACUAUUUUUAUAAAAUGUAAAAAAAGAAACAUGAAGGAAACGAGUGUUCUGAAACUUUUCACUGGUAGUGUAUAUGUUUGUUUUCAUAUUGGGCAAA